AUGGAGAACUACACCUUCAACAGCUUCACCCUCCAGCUGGACGGGUUGAAGCUCUCAGAGGCUUCCAUGUACCCCGUCUUUUUUGCUUUCCUUUUCUGCUACCUGUUUAUCAUCAUAGGCAACCUGGGCAUCAUUGUCCUGGUUUUCAUCGACAGAGGCCUCCAUACUCCCAUGUACCUGCUGUUCUGCAACCUGGCCUUUAAUGACAUACUCGGUAACUCCAUCAUGGUUCCUCGUCUCCUGAUUAGUAUUCUUGGGCAUCGCUCCGAGAUCCUCAUCAGCUACUACGAGUGUGUGAUUCAGGCGUUCAUCUCUCACAUGUUUGCCACCACCGCUCAGACUAUUCUCAUGAUCAUGUCCUUCGACAGAUACAUGGCCAUCUGUAAUCCUUUGCGUUACACCGUGAUAAUGACCAAUAAGAUGUUGUUGAAGCUGACGGUGUCAGCCUGGGGCGUGGCCUUCGUUCUGGUCGGGAUUCUGCUCGGUCUGACCAUCCGGUUGAGCCGCUGCAGGACUCUGAUCGCUAAUCCGUGCUGUGACAAUGCCUCGUUGUUUAAGCUGUCAUGUGAGAGCGUGGUGAUCAACAACAUCUACGGCAUCACCUUCACCGUGGUUUUGUCUGUAGCUUCAGUCGGCAGCACGGUUCUGACCUACACCAUGAUCAUCGUGGUGUGUCUGACCAGCAAGAGCAAGUCCUUGAACAGUAAAGCCCUGAAGACCUGCAGCACUCAUCUCAUCGUCUACAUAGUCAUGUUUACUUCCGGAAAGGUCGGCAUCGCAUUUCAUCGCUACCCAGAGUACGCCGAGCAGAGAAAACUUUGUUUGAUUUUGUUUCACGUCAUCCCAGGAACCCUCAACCCUGUCAUUUACGGGCUUCAGUCAAAGGAGAUCCGAAGGUUUCUGUUCAAGUUUUUACCUUCCAAAAAGGUGUUGUCGUCAUGA